AUAAAGCAGGAAGUCGGCAGCGACGAAAAUAGAAAUAUCCGUAACUGCCAGUUGUUAACUCAAGUCAUUUUUUAAAUAAAUUUAAAAAAACAUAUCCACAUUUUUCUCUGAAAAAUAUUCCAUUUCAUAUUGUUGUAAAUUUUCAAUGAAAUUUUUACGCUAAUGUAAAUCUUCAGCCAGUAUAUUUUACGAUUAUUGUUUAUAUUUCUCUAAAAGCACACAAUUCCAUUGUUGUAAGUGAAAAUGGCGCAGAAUUUGACCAAGGCAGCCGACUUCAUUGUGGAAAAUAAACAUUUGAAUGAAAUUGAGAAAAAUCGAUCUAAAAUCGAGAAUUAUUUCAAUAUUAAGUUAUACGAUACGAUAUCUAAUAAUAAGGAAAACAAAAACAAGAAUUUCAAGUGGAUCCGACUUGAAGGUGACGAAGAUGAGGACUGUCGAAAUGCCAAGGAAUAUAUACUUGCUAUCACAGAUCCAGCUGAGACAAAAUACAUGACAGUUGCAAAGGAAAUACAAUCCGUCUCAAACUGGAAAUAUUAUUUGGAAACUAUAGAAAAACAGACACGAGCCUAUAUUGAGUUCUUCCGUGAGAACUUCCUCAAAAUUUGUGGCUCCUCCUUGUCCGUGGCACUUGCUCUCUCGAUUCUUGAAGACAAAUUAGGGCCAUAUCAACAGCUGACUUCACCUCAGUUCAAAAGUGGAGAUGUUGAUGAAGCUAAAGGCUUCAGGUCUUCGGCACUGGCCGUAAACCAUACUGCCAUUGUUAAUUCCAUAAUGAAGAACAACGUCCAAUUGCCAGACUUAAUUGCCAGCUCAGGAUUUCGGUCGGAUAACGAUGCCAACUGCAAACUGUCUGAUGAACAUUUUCUGGAGAAUUUGGUGAUAAGUAACGGGGCUUCUUCAACCCCUCCACAAUGUGACCCUGUCAGUGGGCAGCUGUUGCUAAAUAAACCAUUCCUGUCAAGGAAGGAGGCACUCUCUGCAGAACGUUUGGAUUUCUUCAGAAAUCUUGCUAAGCAAAUUGGCCAUGAAGAUCCUGAUAUUCAGGAUGCUCUAAAGAUUGCUUCCGAAGACACAAAACCAUCUGAUUUCAUCAGGUUGUUGAAUAGCAUCAAAGAGGAUCGAGAGAUUGCUGAAACUGAAGACUGCGAUUGUGAAGAAUUCCAUGCAACGGAAUCUCAAUUGAGUGCCAAUUCAUCACUGCCAGAUAGUUAUGUGAAAAUGUUACUAAAUGACUAUGAAGAGGAAUCAGAACUGUCUUCUAUUGACGAACUGAAAAGGAGAAAUCAGGCACGGCAAAGAUGUCUGCGGGAACACACUUUAAAUGGUAAAAGCUGCCCCGUGACACCUCCACAACAGCCGCCAUUUCCACAGAUUGAACAUCUGAAAAUGAAGAAAACAAAGAAGAAAACUUCCAAACAACCAGAGAAUUUUGCAAAUCCUUCACCAACAUACCCCCUCUACCCUCAACCUCCUCCUCUACUUGGCACUGACAGAGACACCCUCCCUUCCGUUGCUAAUCCACAGAUUCCUACUCACCAACUUUACCUCAAUAGAGAUGCCGAUAACCAAUACACUCCAUGCUAUAAAGGAACUCCACCAAAAGCUUCCUCUACCUCAGCUUCUAUGGCAAAAUCCAAAAAUAUUCCUGCAGCACAAUCAGACAACAGACGGACCGCUUCCAACGUUCAGCAACCGAAACCUUUGAUAGAACGAAUUGAUACUGGCUCUCCAAACAGUGGAAUGUCUCCAGUUGUGAAUGACAAACUGCGAUAUAUUGUUGUCGAUGGAAGUAAUAUAGCAAUGACACAUGGAAAUGGUAAAUUCUCUUGCAGAGGAAUUCAAAUAGUUGUUAAUUACUUUAUCAGUUUAGGACACAAUGUGAUGGCAUUUGUACCCCAACAUAAAUUUUAUACCCCAAACUCCUCCAACAACAUCCUCGAUCAAGAUAUUCUCUACAGACUCAAAGAACAAGGCCAUCUUGCUGUGACUCCUUCGAGAAAAAUCCAGAAAAAACUCAUCAAUUGUUAUGAUGAUCGGUUCAUCUUGGAUCUGGCUGAAAGGGAAGAUGGCAUUGUCGUGUCCAACGACCAAUACCGGGACCUGAUUGAAGAGAAACCUUCGUGGAGGGAAAUUAUCGAGAAGAGGUUACUCAUGUACACUUUUGUCCAAGACAACUUCAUGCUGCCAGCUGAUCCCCUCGGCCGUGACGGUCCCACUCUUGAAGAAUUCCUCAGUAAAACUCCCAAAGAAACUAAUUCCACUCCAAAAAAGAGUAGCCGUCCACCUGCUCGCCAGUCGUACAAUUACUCGACCGUAGCGUCAAUGAGGACAUGUCCGCAAGGAGUUCAGAGAAGCAAACCUUCUGGAAUACGACCUCAAGCCACAAAUUCCCAUUUGGAUGCUCUAACGUUGCGAACCAAAGAAGAAAGCGAGAUGCUGUAUCGUGAACUGAAGGCAGUGUUUCCGGAAGAUUCGCAAGACAGUACCUUAUGGAAAAUUCUGGAUGAUAACCCGACUGAGCGGAAUCUUAUGCAGUUGUCAGACAAAUUUCUAGGGGAGUAUUUUUAAGGAGUGUCUCUGCUGGAUGAGGUUUGUUCAGCCAGUUAAUGAAACGACUUGCCAUUGCAGCUCUGUAGCUUUUGGCCCUUCACCACACCUCAGGAUCUCUUUACAGUCUUAUCGGUACUCUACGUGAGUUUCCUUGCAUCACAUUACAAAACUAAAAACUGUUGUUAUUGGAACAACAAUAAAAAAAAAAGACAAUAGUAAAAGAACAUAAGAAUAAACUUGGAGAUUAUAUUCUGAAAGUUAAAAAAAGACAGCAA